AUGAUAUACUUAUCUUACAGGAACCCCAAUAAGUUUACUGCUUCCAUCAAGUGAGGAACUGCAUGUCUCCGAGAACUUAAUUGCUCCUGAUCUUCCGUGGCACAAGUAUCGUCUGAGAAAAUGCCACCAGUUUAUCUUUACAUCCCUAAUAUUAUUGGGUAUUUCAGGAUCAUCAUAAAUUUCAUAGCUUUUGCUGUUUGCUAUUCCAACAAGGCACUCUUUGCUAUCCUUUACUUCAUCAGUUUUGUCCUUGAUGGCGUGGAUGGCUGGUUUGCACGGAAGUUUAAUCAAGCAUCAAUAUUUGGAGCUGUGUUGGACAUGGUUACAGAUAGGGUUAGCACUGCUUGCUUGUUGGCCCUUCUCUCCCAAUUUUACAGGCCUGGCUUGGUCUUCUUGAUACUGCUUGGGUUGGAUAUUACAAGCCACUGGUUUCAAAUGUAUAGUUCGUUCUUGUCAGGUAAGACUAGCCAUAAGGAUGUAAAGCACACAGGCAAUUGGCUUCUGAAAUUAUAUUACGGGUACAGGCCAUUCAUGGCCUUCUGUUGUGUUUCUUGUGAGGUUUUAUAUAUUAUCCUCUUUCUCUUUGCUGAUGACAAGUCGACAAGCGUGCUUGGUGUAUGCAGAGGUAUCCUGAAUCAAAGCCCCCUCAUUGUCUUGGUGUUUGUUUCCACUCUAAUUGGCUGGGCAGUGAAACAAGUUACCAAUAUCAUUCAGAUGAAAACUGCUGCAGACGCAUGUGUCGUGUAUGAUCUGAAGCGCAGCAAGUAAAGCGUGAAGGCACCGGUUUUGUUCAGUUUGUAUUGAUAUUAUCCAAGGAAAAAUCCCGUGAGUCUUGUACACCAUGAUUCAUACAUACGGUGGCUACUUCUUGUGUGCCUUGACAUCUUUCUGACUAUGCUUAUCUGUUGGGAUGAGACGGCAACUUGCUGUGGGAAGAACAUAAAGAAAACAGAGGAGAUAAACGUUUUUCGGAGAAAGCAGAGGCUGUUAAGUUGUUUGUCAGUGUUUGUUCACUAUAGUUGGAUGCAGAGCAUGACCUUUGUUAGCUGGAGUAGCCUUUUGAGUUGAUCUGAACGAUGUUUACAAGCUGCAUUUUUCAGAGUCCAGGAAUAUAUGAAAUUUUAGAAUUGCAAAACUUAUUUUUCCCUCAGAGGGUUAAAUAUUCGCCUUGUAGCAUGCACUAUCAUGUUUGCUGUGCAAAUAGGCAUCUAAUUUUUUUGGUUA